CCGCCCGCCCGCCCGCCCGGCCGGCCGCCGCCGAGGGCGCAGCCGCCGCCCGGACGCCCCGCCGCCGCCGCCCCGGUGCGCCCGGGGCCCCGCAGCCCAGCCUCCAGCCAGCCCCGCCAGCCCCGCGGCCCCGGCCGGAGCAGACAGAUCUUCUAGCCGCUCGAUGGGGAGUCACAGAAGAUCGCCUGUGUGUGUCAGCUCCCCACCUCUCUGUAGCAAGAGAAGUGACCACAGCGCCUCCACAGUCAUGAUGAUGAAACUGGUAUUAACUGAGUGGUCCUUAUGGAUUUUUAACUCUAACUCACAGUGAGCCAGCAAGCCAUAUGUUUACAGUCCAACCAAAAACCCUUCUGUGUUGCUGCACGUCUCGUGUGAGAAGUUGAGACGCCUGUUGGUUCAGAGCGGAAUACAAGAGUUACUUGUCGGAAUGCACUUGCAGCAGAACGAGAAGACGUCUUAAUUUAUCGUUGGAGAGAGAUGAUAGUAUUAUUUAUAUAGGUAGAAUAAAUAUAUACACAUAUAUAUUUUGGUGGUAAUGAAAAUGGCUCCGCAGAAUGCCGACUCGGAAUCUAUGCAAGUACAAGAGCUGCCCGUGCCCCUGCCGGACCCUCAGAAACCCAGAGACCCAGAGGCCGAGACCCAAGAGGAGACCAUCAGUGAGGGGUCCAUAGACAGAAUACCCACACGCCUAUGGGUGAUGCACGGGGCAGUGAUGUUUGGCAGGGAGUUCUGUUAUGCCAUGGAGACAGCACUGGUCACACCCAUACUGUUACAGAUAGGCCUCCCUGAGCAGUACUACAGCCUCACCUGGUUCCUGAGCCCUGUCCUUGGCCUCAUCUUCACACCACUUAUUGGCUCUGCAAGUGACCGCUGUACCCUGAGUUGGGGCCGCCGGCGGCCCUUCAUCCUCGUGCUGUGUGUGGGGGUCCUCAUCGGUGUUGCACUUUUCCUCAACGGCUCUGCCAUCGGUCUGGCGCUCGGCGAUGUUCCCAACCGGCAGCCCAUUGGCAUUGUCCUCACGGUGCUGGGAGUGGUGGUCCUGGAUUUCAGUGCCGAUGCAACUGAGGGGCCCAUCCGUGCCUACCUGCUAGAUGUGGUAGACAGCGAGGAGCAAGAUAUGGCCCUCAACAUCCAUGCCUUCUCUGCUGGCCUUGGCGGCGCCAUCGGCUAUGUACUGGGUGGGCGGGACUGGACGCAGACCUUCCUGGGGGACUGGUUCCGCACGCAGAACCAGGUGCUGUUCUUCUUCGCCGCCAUCGUCUUCUCAGUGUCAGUGGCCCUGCAUCUCUUCAGCAUCGAGGAGGAACAGUACAGCCCACAGCAGGACCGCAGUCCUGAAGAUGGCACCCUGCCCAGCACCAGUGUCCAGCCUAGCGCCCCAGCCCCCGCCACCCGCCUCAGCUCCCUCGGCGGGGGUGUGCAGGACGGCAGCCCCCCAUUCCCAGAUGAGGUGCAGUCAGAGCACGAGCUGUCCUUGGACUACCUCGAUGUGGACAUCGUGCGCAGCAAGAGUGAUUCAGUGCUGCACAUGCCCGAUGCCACCCUGGACAUGGAGCCUGAACUGCUCUUCCUGCACGACAUAGAGCCCUCCAUCUUCCACGAUGCUUCCUAUCCCAGCACCCCCCGGAGCACCAGCCAGGAGCUCCUGCGGGCCAAGCUGCCUCGCCUGUCUACGUUCCUCAGGGAGUCCACCACGGAGGACGACACCCUGCUUGAUAGUCACUUGAAUGAAGCUAAAGUCCCAAACGGGAGAGGCUCCCCACCCAUGGACUUGAAGCCUUCGGCCACAUCCAGUUCCAUGAGACGGCGUAGGCACAUGUUCCACAGACAGGCUUCUAGCACCUUCUCCUACUAUGGCAAGAUUGGGUCCCACUGCUACCGCUACCGCCGGGCCAACGCAGUGGUCCUGAUCAAGCCAUCUCGAAGCAUGAGUGACCUGUAUGACCUGCAGCAGCGGCAGAGGUCCCGGCACCGCAACCAGAGCGGGGCCACUGCCUCCAGUGGGGACACGGAGAGCGAGGAGGGCGAGUCAGAGACCACUGUGCGCCUGUUGUGGCUGUCCAUGCUGAAGAUGCCCAAGGAACUGAUGCGGCUCUGCCUCUGCCACCUUCUCACUUGGUUCUCCGUCAUCACAGAAGCUGUCUUCUACACCGACUUCAUGGGCCGGGUAAUCUUCGAGGGGGACCCCCAGGCAUCCUCCAACUCCACCAAAUGGCAUGACUACAAUGCCGGCGUGAAGAUGGGCUGCAGGGGCCUGGUCAUCUACGCUGCUACCGGUGCUAUCUGCUCAGCCUUGCUACAGAAGUACCUGGACAACUAUGACCUGAGCAUCAGAAUCAUCUAUGUGUUGGGAACACUGGGCUUCUCCGUGGGCACAGCUGUGAUGGCCAUGUUUCCCAACGUUUAUGUGGCCAUGGUCACCAUCAGCACCAUGGGCAUCAUCUCCAUGAGCAUCUCCUACUGCCCCUACGCCCUCCUAGGGCACUAUCACGACAUCAAGGAGUACGUCCACCACAGUCCAGGCAACUCCAAGCGUGGAUUUGGCAUUGACUGCGCCAUCCUGUCCUGUCAGGUCUACAUCUCCCAGAUCCUGGUUGCAUCUGCCAUUGGGGGCGUGGUCGACGCUGUAGGGACUGUCCAUGUCAUCCCUGUGGUGGCCUCAGUGGGCUCUUUCCUGGGCUUCCUGACAGCCACAUUCCUGGUGAUCUACCCCGAGGUGUCAGAGGAGGCCAAGGAGGAGCAGAAAGGCCUGUCCUCGGGGCCCACUGGUGAAGGCGAGGGCGGAGCAGGCAGCGAGAAGCCCACUGUACUGAAGCUGUCUCGGAAGGGGGGCCCUCGGGGGCCGGUGGAGACAGAGUCCAUGGUGUGAGCCCCAGCUGGCACAUUCCACGCCAGAGGGCAGGGUGGACUGGGGGCUGUGCUUGCCGACACUGUGCGAGCUGAAGUUCCUUCCCAGAGCGCAGGUCAAGUUCAGUAGGUGUUAGGUGUAGGGUAGGUUUGAGCUAUUAGGCAAAAAUAUCACACUAAUUACCUUUCCCACAAUUGAAAAAAAAAAAAUCAUUUGAAAUCUUUUUAUUGAAGAAAAAAAAAUACUUAAUUUCAGCUGUCUUUCAUUCUGCGGGUAUUCCAUUCUGCAUGUUUUAAAUUGUGAAACAUUCACAGCAUAGUCAAUAAGCAAUUUAGAAAAUGUAAAGGGCCUGCAUUUCUAAAACAGUAAUUAUUAAAAGUGCAGAAACUCCGACUCCCUUGGCAGGUGUCAUCUGAAGACAGCAGUGCAGCGCUCAGAUUGCCCAGCAGGUGUCCUCGGGGCGCCUCAGCACCGUGCUGGCACUGCAGUGCCUUGGAGCAUUUUCCUCUGUUUAUUUUAGAAACGGUAUUUUCUUUUUCACAACUGUGGUUUUCUUAGAACAGCAUCUCUGGCGAAUUGGGUCCACAGUCCUGUGCACAACUGUCAGUGACUGAGACCACACACCAAAGCUGGGGAAGGGUCCCAGAACCGCUUGAGCGUAAGGCAGCCAUUCCCCGGGGCAGCCUCCAGACAUCCCACCCAGGGACAGCACAGACCAGGAAUGCUGAACGUGAACUCACAGCAUGCCUCCUGUGUGCUCGCGUGUGAGUUUGCCUGUGUCCAGUCCCUACCCACAGGGUCCUCCCAGAGGCGACCACAGGGCAGCUGCUGGCUCUUUGUGACACUUCAGCUUGUCUCUACACCUUUGAUCGGGAAUCCAGGCGCAGAGCUCCAGGCGAGCAGUAGUUCCUGCUGAGUCCUGCUGCAAGGCUACCUCGAGAGUGUGGGAAGCAGGGCGCGUGAGGGUGCGGAGGCCUACCUCCCUGCCAUAUUGGUGACAUUGGUCCUCGCUGGAACCUAACUGAAAUCUUGUGACCUCAUCACCUGCUCCUGCUGUUGGCCAUGGGAAUGGGAAUGAAGGCAAAGAGAAGCAAGUAUCUGCCUGGGCAGGAGGGCCGGUGACCCAAGAACCUGGUGCAGUUUCUGACUUCUGCACAUAAGCAAAACUCCGGGCCUCAGGGAAGCAGGCUCCUCAGAUGCUGCAGCUGUGGGAAAAUACUUUUCAAACCACGAUCUCUGUUAAAAACUCAACAGUCUGCGCUCAGGAGAGGGGAGGGCCUCCCUGGAUGGUAACCAGAUGAAGUCAAUCCCGUGCCCUUGCUGCCUCGAUUGGCAUUUUUACACAAAGUACUCUACAGUGCAUGAGAAUCAUGCUGCAAUAUGAGCAUUCUAACGAAAAUAUAUAUCCAUAUAUAUUUCAAGAUGAAAGUAAGCCGUUUUUAAAUAAAAUUACUUGAAUUUUCUGUGUAUUCAAAGGAA